UGUGCUGGGUGGUCGAUCAGCUGAACAAUGGUCAGAUCCUGGUGGAGAUCCCAGAUCCUCAGCCAGGCGGCCCGAGCCCGCGCUGCCCGGCUCGGGCCGGCCGCCAGCUGACUCCUUUCGCCAUCCCUCGUGUCCCACGCGGCGCGCUUUCUCCAGCGCCCGGGCGCGCCAGCCAAUGCGCCCGGGCCUCGGCAGCUGCUCCCCGGCCAGGGCGCUCUGGGCCAGCUCUGGCGCCGGGCGCUCGUGAUUGGCGGCCCCCAGCCCCAGCCCAGCGUGCCCUCUUACCCGGGGCGAAGUCCAGUCCCCGCCCGCUGCCUGGGCUCUGCCCCCUCCUCUCCGCCCAGCCGGUGCCCGGGGCCCGGAUCCGGCCGAGCACUUCCCUCAGGGGCCGCAGAGCAGCAGGGUGCAGGCGGCUGUGGUUGGCGCGGUCCUCGGCCGGCCGGGCCAUGAAGGUCGAGUUUGCGCCGCUCAACAUCCCGCUGACGCGGCGGCUGCAGACGGCGGCGGUGCUGCAAUGGGUCCUGUCCUUCCUGCUGCUGGCGCAGGUGUGCAUUGGGAUCAUUGUGAUGUUGAUCAUCCACAACUAUUGGUUCCUUUACAUCCCUUAUUUGACGUGGCUUUACUUUGACUGGAAUACCCCAGAGCAAGGAGGCAGGAGAUCCAACUGGGUCAGAAAUUGGGCUGUGUGGAAAUACUUUAAGGACUAUUUUCCAAUCCAUCUCAUUAAAACUCAAGAUUUGGAUCCAAGUCACAACUAUAUAUUUGGGUUUCACCCCCAUGGAAUCCUCGUGGCUGGAGCCUUUGGAAACUUUUGUACAAAUUAUUCUGACUUCAAGCAGCUGUUCCCUGGCUUUACUGCGUACCUUCACGUGCUGCCAUUCUGGUUCCGGUGUCCUCUCUUCCGAGAAUAUCUGAUGAGCAGUGGGCCAGUUUCAGUUUCCAAGAAAAGUGUGUCCUAUGUACUAAGCAAGGAUGGAGGUGGAAACAUCUCUGUCAUUGUCCUUGGGGGUGCAGAAGAAUCACUGGAUGCCCAUCCUGGAAAAUUCACUCUGUUCAUCCGCCAGCGGAAAGGAUUUGUUAAAAUUGCUUUGACCCAUGGCGCCUGUCUGGUCCCAGUGUUUUCUUUUGGUGAAAAUGAGCUGUUUAAACAAAUUAGCAACCCUGAAGGCUCAUGGCUUAGAACCAUUCAAGAGAAACUACAGAAGAUCAUGGGGUUCGCUUUGCCCCUGUUUCAUGCCAGGGGAGUUUUUCAGUACAAUUUUGGCCUAAUGCCAUAUAGGAAAGCCAUCCACACUGUUGUUGGCCGCCCGAUCCCUGUGCGUCAGACUCUGCACCCGACCCUGGAGCAGAUUGAGGAGUUACAUCAGACCUAUAUGGAGGAGCUUAGGAAAUUAUUUGAGGAGCACAAAGGAAAGUAUGGCAUUCCAGAGCACAAGACUCUCAUUUUUAAAUGACUGGACUGGAAUAAGGCGUAAAGGACAACUGUGGGAAUAAGUAUUUUAAAUAAGUUUAUUUUUUCUUUUGCCUGUGGCGUCAGAUUUGCAACAGAAAAGUAUCAUUUAUGGUGAUGAAUGCUGAUGUAUCUGUGGUAAAUACAAGCACAGUAGACAACUGUAGGAUAGGGAUGGAGAUGGCUAUCAGACUUUUAAUAAUUUUCCUUGCUUAUGAAGGCUAAAUCAUUUUCAGGUUAUGAGCAGGUUUAGAAUUAUUCAUAUGCUUCAAAAAACAAAAGAAAGCUUCAAAAAAUAAUUAGACCUGGCCAGGCGUGGUGGCUCUUGCCUGUAAUCCCAGCACUUUGGGAGGCCGAGGCAGGCAGAUCACUUGAGGUCAGGAGUUUGAGACCAGCCUGGCCAAUGUGGUAAAACCCUGUCUCUACUAAAAAUACAAAAAUUAAACUGGGUGUGGUGGCUCACGCCUGUAAUUGCAGCACUUUGAGAGCCUGAGGUGGGUGGAUAACCUGAGGUUGGGAGUUUGAGACACGGAGAAACCCCAUCUCUACUAAAAAUGCAAAAUUAGCAGGGCGUGGUGGUGCAUGCCUGUGAUCCCAGCCCCUCAGAGGCUGCCAGCAGGAGAAUCAUUUGAACCCAGGAGGCAGAGGUUGUGGUGAGCCAAGAUCAUGCCAUUGCGACAGCGUGAGACUGUCUCAAAUAAUAAUAAUACUAAUUAAACCCUUUUACUAAACAUCACAAUAACUUAAGGCGGUGUUUUCAUGAAGUGCGACAGCUGACGUUCACCGCAGCCAGCCGUCUGGGAGACAGUGUGUAAAAUAGUUCGCCGUAUACAGCUGGAGGAAAUAUUUUUUCUGCUUCAACAGGUCAUCUGUUAAUGACCAAGGAUACUUUGAAUACUUAGUUUGAGCCUUUGGUCAUACCAACAGCACAUUUUUAUACAACAGCGCAGGAUUUUUAUGCCAUUUUCAAAAUGGGAUCUAUUGGUCAUACAAAAACUCAUGUGGACGGGAGCUGUCUCCUCACUUCUAUUUAUGCUUAGAAUCAUGCUCCUUUGCUGUAGAGAAGGAAAUCUAUUUGGAAGAUAGGCUUUUCCACAUGAUUUAGGACUAGAAAUUCUGGAAAUUCCAAAAAGGUUUUGUGCUAAUAGAAACGGUGUUAAUUUUCUUCCUGAAUGGCCUUUUCAUCAUAAAAUUUUCUCUAAAAGAGAGUGUUCUCCCUGGUGAGAUAUGUCUAGUUCAUAGUUUGCCAGGCUUUGGACUCUUCUCUGACCCAGCAUGAUCAGGGACUUUGCCCUUCCUGCUUCCUGAUGUCCCCUCAGUGCCCAGGUCAGCUUAUGGUGCUUAGUAGGCACAAAACAAGUAUUUGUUUGAUGAAUGUAUUUGUAGCUGAACAUGCAAACAAACAUUGCCAUUAAGCUGAGAAUUUUUAAAGCCACACCAUAGGAAGAGACCUGUUUUAAGAUAAGACCCACCUAACUGGGCACGGUGGCUCACGCCUGUAAUCCCAACACUUUGGAAGGCUGAGAUGGAUGCAUCACCUAAGGUUGGGAGUUCGAGACCAGCCUGACCAACAUGGAGAAACCCUGUCUGUACUAAAAAAUACAAAAUUAGCCAGGCAUGGUGGCACAUGCCUGUAAUCCCAGCUGCUUGGGAGGCUGAGGCAGGAGAACCUCUUGAACCCAGGAGGUGGAGGUUGCAAUGAGCCGAGAUCCGCUAUUGCACGCAGAAGGAGAAUAUUUGCUGUGUCUGAUUGUUCUGCACCAGUAAUCAACAACUGGUAAACCAAUUGAUAGGGAGCAAGUCAGAAAGAGGUUUCUGAUAAUUAGUCACUAAGUGUUAAGUAACUAGUCAGUGGACAAGAAGAAUGUCUAUUUCUAAACCAUGUCCACUGCUAGAUGUGAGUGCUUGUAGGCAACUUUAUGGAGUUGCCUCCCCACUUAUUGGAAAUAGGUCUUCAGGUUUCCAAUUUUUAAAUACUCAGCUCUGGGUUAGGGCGCGGAUUGAGAUUUAGUCACAGCAAAGUGCAAUCAUGCUGGGUAAUACCUUAAGAAGGAAAGCAUGUAACCGCCCCCCCCCCCCCCACCAACACACACACACACACACACACAAAUGCAAAACCCGGAAACUUCUCAGUUGUUCUACAGGAAGGUUUUUAGGCCAGAAUCCCUUUGAUUUCACCCUUGUUGAGCAAUCCAGGAGUCCACUGACCCUGGCUUGAUCAAAGCAGGGCCUUUCACUUAUUUUUAAAACCGACAAGUUGGGCCGGGCGUGGUGGCUCAUGCCUAUAAUCCCAGAACUUUGGGAGGUCGAGGUGGGCAGAUCACUUGAGGUCAGGAAUUCGAGACCAGCCUGGCCAACAUGGUGAAAUCCCGUCUCUACUAAAAUAUACAAAACUAGCCAGGCAUGGUGGCGUGCACCUAUAGUCCCAGCUACUUGGGAGGCUGAGGGAGGGGAAUUGCUUGAACCCAGAAGGCAGAGAUUGCGGCAAGCCAAGAUCGCGCCACUGCACUCCAGCCUGGCGACAGAGCAAGACUUGUCUCACAAAACAAAACUAAACUAAACUAAACAAAAACCAUGAGUUGUAUCCCCUUGGAGCAGGUUAUUAAAAGACCAUGCCACAUCAUCUUUGCGAUUUCACAGAGGUAUGAGUUUUAAUCUCACACUUAGUAUUGAGAGACCAGGCUUUUAUCUACCAAGCUUUUUUAUCUAUCAGGCAGUUAAAGCCCAUGCUUGUAAAUCAGAGGCAUUAAAAAGUGAAAAAAGUUCGCUCUCAUGAAAUUAUCUAAAAUUUUGCCAUUAAAAAUCUAGGCAUAAGCAACUGUAAUUUUGGCAUACAUAAAAUGUUAUUUUUCAGUACACAUGAUAGGGGGCGGGGAUGAUGGGGUUAUCUCUUUACAUAUUGCAAUAUCUAGAGAUCUUAAUUCAGCCAUGCCAGAAGUCUAUUCAUGUAUGCAAAGCAUACCUGUAAGUUCCAUUUAGUCCUGUAGAUUGCAAAUGAAUUUUUUGAUAUGAAUUUUUGCUACCAGACAACUGUUGGACAUAUUCACUAGUAUGGGUUGAUGGAGAUCUCUUCCAUUGUAAGGUUUCCAUCUACUAGGUAAUUGCACAUAAAUUUUAAACAGCAGCCGGGUACAGUGGCUCAUGCCUCUAAUCCCAGAACUUUGGGAGGCCAAGGUGGGUGGAUCAUCUGAGGCCAGGAGUUCGAGACCAGCCUGGGCCAACAUGGUGAAACCCCGUCUCUACUGAAAAUACAAAAAUUAGCUGGGCAUGGUAGUGCACACCUGUAAUCCCAGCAACUCAGGAGGCUGAGGCAAGAGAAUCACUUGAACCCGAGAGGCAGAGGUUGCAGUGAGCCGAGAUCGCGCCAUUGCACUCCAGCCUGGGUGCAGCCUGGGUGACGAGAGAGAAACUCCAUCUUGAAAAAGAAAAAUUUUUUUUUAAACAGCAAGGCAAAACAAUGAUAACAGAAAUAACCCUGGAACACUAUAAGAGAAACAUUUCCUUGGGAAGACGUGCAUGUAUGCUGUUUGAUUUGGACAAUUUUCCCUGUGUUUCCAUUGCAUCCUGGGUACAGCCUGAGUCAUUGCUUUUCUCUUGCAGCAAGAAAAUAAAAUUGUUGAUGACUAGCUAAGUCUAUUAUGCUCACAUUGAAGGUUGCAGCUUCAGUGCUUAUGAAGGACAGCCAGGUUCGCCCUUUUCAAAGGGGAACAGUAAAUGAUGCUAGAUAUUUUGCUGCAAAACCCUGGCAACUACUGUGAAAACAGUCCAAAUGUGUGUACUUUAGGGAUGAUGGGUGAAUCUUUAUUGUAUGCAUAGCAUUAAAAGUGAAAUUCCUGCUUUCCGUAGAAUGUACGUUUCUAUCAUAAGAAGCAUGGAGACGGAAUCUGGUUAUAAUGUCCGCACAUCUGUAACUUUACAUUUCUUUCAAACUACCUCACUGAUGCAGCCUACUAAAGUUUGUGAUAAAGAUGAAAAUAGUUUUGGGGUGCAUUAGCUCUAUACUUUUCCUCUGACAAGAGAUCCCAUUGACGGGAUUUGUUGAUUGGCUGCUUUUUCCAGUAGCCCAAGAUGGCUGGUUCUCAUAUUUGUAGGGUUUUUUGUUGUUGUUGUUGUUGUUUUUGAGAUGGAGUUUCACUCUUGUUGCCCAGGCUGGAGUGCAAUGGCGUGAUUUCAGCUCACUGCAACCUCCACCUGCUGGGUUCAAGUGAUUCUCCUGCCUUAGCCUCCCAAGUAGGUGGGAUUACAGGUAUGUGCCACCACACCUGGCUAAUUUUUUAUUUUUAGUAGAGAUGGGGUGAUUUCACCAUGUUGGUCUGGCUGGUCUCAAACUCCUGACCUCAGGUGAUCCACCCACCUUGGCCUCCCAAAGUGCUGGGAUUACAGCAUAUUUGUUUUUUUAACCUAAGUGGCCAAAUGUCUAUUUGUAGAGCUGGAGGAGUUACUUCAAGUAGAAUUUGUAUAUCUUUGUAAGGAAGAAAAACAGAGCGACUUCUAAAAUAACCAACCAGUUGCCCUAGUUUCUCUAAGAGAGCAAACACAGAACAGUUCUUUAUAUUAAAAACAAAGGGAUUUUUCUAGUAUCUUAUAUUUUUUGUUGUUAUAGUCAAUCCUUCCCAAACACCUGCAGCUUAGUGCCUUACAAUCUUCUAUCAAAAGGAAAAAGUUUAUCUCAAUCCAUGUUAACCCGUAGGAUGAUGACUUCCUCAGUAGCAGAAUCUGGAUCUUGUUUGCAUUUCGAUCCUGACCCAGACAGAGGUGGUCUCUAGCAGUUUCUUGGGGAAUGUUUGUGCACUAACCUAGAAAUCUUGUGGAUUGUGCCAAAGAAGGCAAAUUUUAGCACUAGAAGGGACUUCACCAUCUGCCUAAUUAUUCUUCCUGCCGAUGAAGCAGUUGAACCCCAGUGAAGUUUCAUGCAGAUGAAAAAUAACUCCAUCUUCGUAUUACUCUGCCCCAGAUUGAGCAGGUGGUACUGCUGGUCUAUGAUUGCUGAAUAAUAAACCUAAAAAUCCUCCUAUAAAACAGAAGUGUCAAAAAAAAAAAAAGAGUGUGAUUAAAAAUCCACUUGAAGUAAGGGAUUAAAUAGGGCUGAAGCAAGCUAUCUUAUUGGCACUGAGAACAUUUUUCUUUUUGGGGGCCGGUAUACAUCAUUGUUGAUUUUUCCCUUUUGUGAGAGCUAUUUUGGUGAUGUGUCUUGGGCAAAGUCCAAGUUUCCAACAACAAGUUUAGCCUCUAGAGCCUUAUGUAUUGGAGGAGUGAAUAAGGCAAGGUGUCAUAUGCCCAUGGCAACUGACAGAACCAGAAAAAAGUCUUCAUCAGUCGUUCUGUGAUCAUUAAUGCAGGCCAGAGCAAUCCUGUUACUCAACAGAGGUGGAGGCCAAACUUCUGUCACCUCAGUGACAGUGCUAAGCCCAGACUCAUUUCUGGCUCCAGCCUCAUUCAGCUGGGUUAUCACAGCUGCUUUUUUUUUUUUUUUUAAAUAGCUCUUAGGUUCUGGUGAAGAAUCAUCUUAGGCUCUCUCAAGAACAGACAUAAACCCGAUGUUCCUGCUGUUCCCAAGGGCUGCAUAAUUCUCUCCUACUCCAUUUCCAGACCAACUUGGAGCCUGAACUCUUUCUGAUUGGAUUCUAGACCCUGCAGUAUGGGUGUGCAGUGAUGUAGGGGCAAUCAGAGAAUGAGAACCUGGUUGCCCCACUCUUUUCUAUGCUCCAGUCUUCUGUUUUAGAUAGUCCUUCAGCCUUUGAUCUUUUAGUAACUGGCUACGUGACCUGGGCUCCAUUCUUUCCUAUGUAAAUAGGGUUAAGAGUGAAUGAUCCUCAAGGUCACUUCUGCCUGUAUCUUAUGGCCUCUGCCUGGCCUUCUGUCUGUCAGGGCAAUAAGGUCUCAUCGGAGGUGUAGGUUUAUCUGAUAAUUCUACCUUUUCCUCUGCCUCUGUCACUUUUUCUGUUCCUCCAGAAAUGCAGUGAGCUAGAAUGAUUGUCUCACUUUCUUGGCAUGUGUAUCUAUACGUGCAUAUACAAACACACACACGCAGAUGUUUUACAUAUCUGUACAUAUCACAAAUUAUAUAUAUAUAAAAAUCGCAAAUUAUAUAUAAUGUAAUCACAAAUUAUAUAUAUCAAAUUGCUACUGGAAUUUAUCCAGGAUCACAAUGAUAUUUACUCAUGUGUUUAUGAGAAAUAAUUUAAUUCCCUAAGUAAAAAGAGGUAGAAUUUAUCUAAGAAGCUACCUCCUUUUUAUCACUCAAAACUAUGGAAUAACACAGUUUAUUACUUGUUAAAAUCUUCAUAGGAGACUGUGAAGUUUUUAUAUUUCCUACAUGGGAUGUGCUAUAGUGUGUUUUUUAAAAGCUUUCCAUUUGUAAACGUUUUGACCAAUAAAUGUGUUUUUAUGCCUGAA